AGCCGCGUUGUACAUUAAAAGUUCGUUGGGGUAGUUGCACCCCCUCUCCUUCUACACCCCAUUCCCCUCUUUAAAUUCUCCCCCACCUCAAACCUCCGCCACCAACACAUUCCUUAGCUUUCUCUAAUCUCUCUCGUUUCACAUAGGUUCUUUGUUUUUCCCCAUCAAUCAGAAAUCCACCCAGAAACUGUCUUUUCUUGAUAUUUUCUUGAAGCCAUGGGGGAUAACGCCGGCGGGAGAGUUGCGGUGGAGGAGAGGCGGAGCAGCCAUAAUAAUCUCCCAAACUUUCUCCUCUCAGUGAGGCUCAAGUAUGUGAAGCUUGGGUACCAUUAUUUGAUUAGCCACGCCAUGUAUUUGGUCUUGGUGCCGGUGCUCGGGGCGGUUUCGGCUCACCUCACCACUCUCACCGUCGACGAUUUGGUCCAAUUAUGGCAGCAACUCAAGUUCAACCUCGUCACGGUGGUCCUCUGUUCUGCUCUUUUAGUUUUCCUGGGAACACUCUACUUCAUGACACGGCCCAGAAAGGUUUACUUGGUGGAUUUCGCGUGUUACAAGCCUCCACCGGAGGUUAUGUGCCCGAAGGAGAUCUUCAUGGAUAGAUCCAAGAAAGCCAACAUUUUUACGGAGGAGAAUCUGGGGUUUCAGAAGAGGAUACUGGAGAGGUCUGGGCUGGGGGAGAAGACUUAUUUCCCAGAAGCCCUUUUGCGACAGCCGCCCAAUCCUUGCAUGGCGGAGGCUAGGAAGGAGGCUGAGAUGGUGAUGUUUGGCGCCAUUGAUGACCUGCUGGCGAAAACUGGUGUGAAGGCUAAGGAUAUUGGGAUUCUUGUGGUGAAUUGCAGUCUCUUUAACCCGACCCCUUCUCUUUCCGCCAUGAUUGUUAACCAUUACAAGCUUAGGGGGAACAUUCAAAGCUAUAACCUUGGUGGCAUGGGGUGCAGUGCUGGGCUCAUUUCAAUUGACCUUGCCAAACAACUCUUGCAGGUGCAACCAAACUCCUAUGCCCUAGUAGUGAGCAUGGAAAACAUAACACUCAACUGGUACUUCGGCAACAACCGAUCAAUGCUGGUGUCCAACUGCAUCUUCCGAAUGGGCGGCGCCGCCAUCCUCCUCUCCAACCGCUCCUCCGACCGCCGCCGCUCAAAGUACCAGCUCAUCCACACCGUCCGCACCCACAAGGGCGCCGACGACCGGAGCUACUCCUGCGUCUUCCAAGAAGAGGACGAAAAACGCGAGAUCGGCGUCGCCCUCUCCAAAGACCUCAUGGCCGUCGCCGGCGAGGCCUUAAAGACAAACAUCACCACCCUCGGACCCCUCGUCCUCCCCAUGUCCGAACAGCUCCUCUUCUUCGCCACCCUCGUCGCCCGGAAAGUCUUCAAGAUGAAGAUCAAGCCCUACAUCCCAGACUUCAAGCUGGCGUUCGAGCAUUUCUGCAUCCACGCCGGCGGGCGAGCGGUGCUGGACGAGUUAGAGAAGAAUCUUGAACUCAGUCAAUGGCACAUGGAGCCUUCCAGAAUGACGCUUUACCGAUUCGGAAACACCUCCAGCAGUUCUUUGUGGUACGAAUUGGCUUAUUCCGAGGCUAAGGGGAGGAUCAGAAAGGGAGAUCGGACUUGGCAGAUAGCGUUUGGGUCUGGGUUUAAAUGUAACAGUGCGGUUUGGCGUGCCUUGAAGACCAUCGAUCCUGCCAAGCUCAAGAACCCAUGGAUGGACGAGAUUCACGAUUUCCCAGUUGAGGUUCCUAGAGUUGCCUCCAUCAACGCUUGAUGAUUCUUUAAAAAAAAAAACAUUUAUUAGAAUACCCAAAAACAUGUGUUUAAAUUCUUGAUUACUUCUUCCGAUUCCAAGGUUGUCUUUUCUUUUUCAUUUUGUUAUACUUGAUGUAAAGGAGAAACUUUUGGUGAUUGAAAACCACGUUACAGUGGAAGGCAAUACUCCAAAAAUAUAUCCGGCCAUCAUUCUCUUGAGUCAUCAAUGGCGUUAGUAGUGUAUGUAAGCAUCCUCCAAAUUCUUGUAAUUAUUACAAAUAAAUUGAUUUAUAAUUACCUCUUC